CGAUUGUGAGAUGUGUAAGACGAGUGAGGGGAACGAACUCACCCGUGUCACGCUCGUGAACGCAAAGAGUGAGGUGGUAUAUGAUAAGUUGGUCAUGCCUGAUAACGAGAUCAUCGACUACCUCACACAAUGGUCUGGAAUUACGGAAGAGCGACUCUCCGGCACAACCACCAAACUCGCCGACGUACAACGCGACUUCCUCGAACUGGUGUCUUCGGAUAGAACCAUCCUCGUCGGUCACUCCCUCGAAUCCGACUUGGUAGCAUUGAAAAUCCGACACCCCAUCGUCAUCGACACCUCAGUAAUCUACCAACACUCGCGCGGACCACCCUACAAGCCUUCCCUCAAAUGGCUCGCCGAACGCCAUCUCGGUGCACAAAUCCAGCGUAACACCGGCGUAGGAGGUCACGACUCCGCUGAGGAUGCGAGGACGGCGGUACAGUUGUUGUUGAUGAAGAUGCAGAAGGGGGUGGAGUUCGGGACGUUUGCAAGGGAUGUUGAGCCGAUUUUUACGAGGCUGCAGAGGCAGACGAGUGAAGGUGGGGUUAUGUCCGCUGUUGUGGAUUAUGGAAACCCGAGGGCGUUGAUUGGUGCGGGUGCGAAGACUUGUAUCGGGUGCCAAAGUGACGAAGACGUUGUGAAGGGGAUCAAGGAAGCCGUGGAAACGAAUCACGGCUUCGUCUUCGGCCGCCUGCGUGAACUCGAGUUCGCAGCGGGCUGGGGAUCCUCGAACCGCGAGGACGCAAAUUCCGAACCACUCUCCCCCAACCUCAUGUCCCCCGUCCUUAGCCGCCUCGGCGAGCGGAUCAAGGAAAUCUAUGAGAGUUUGCCGCCGUGUAGUGCGUUCGUUGUGUAUACGGGUACCGGAAAUCCUAGGGAGAUGAGUCGCUUGAAUGCGAAGUAUGGAAAGCACAAGGCGGAGUUUAAGACGAAGAAGUGGGAUGAGUUGGAAGUGAAGUGGGAUGAUUCUGAUCAGCAGGCGUUGAAUACGGCGACGAAGGUUGCGAGGAAGGGGUUGUCUUGGAUAACCUUGAAAUAAGGGACGUUAUAUAGAAUAUGCUCGUGUGGCCAUGGGUCG